UUGAAGAAUCGGGCCGGUUUGUCACAUGACCCAACUACCCGAUUAACUAAUUUAUAGCCAAAACAAGAAGGUGGAGAACCGCCAUCAGAAAGAAAAAUUGAUGGUGCAAUGUUGGGUUGUCGUGGCAGUCGCAUUUCCCAUCAUUUUCGAGAGUGCGACCUUCAUUUCCACCUUCCAACUACCUUCAGAUUCGGUUACUCUGGACUUCAACCCCAAAGCUUUCAACUUUCCUUUCCAUGUCCUCUGAAACCUUGUUGGGGAGGUCUCACCACCAUUGUUGCCAACCAUAACAGAGUGCAAUCGAGGUCUUGCUGCUCUGCCACCCCACCCAAGCCUCGUGGCGAAAUUCCCCUCCUUUUCAACUCUCUCAGCCAACAAGAAGACGAACGAGAAAUGAUCUCUGAUGGAGUAUCUUCAGUGGCAGGUGGAAUUGUAGCAUUGGGAAAGUUUGAUGCUCUGCACAUUGGUCAUCGAGAACUCGCAAUUCAAGCAUCAAGGGCCGGUCCUCCAUUUCUUUUAUCAUUUGUUGGAAUGGCUAAAGUACUUGGAUGGGAACCUAGGCCUCCCAUAGUUGCUACUUGUGAUCGCAAGAGAGUUCUUUCAUCAUGGGUUUCUUAUUGUUGCAACAUGGUCCCUGAAGAGUUCCAUGUUGAAUUUUCAAGCGUUCGGCAUCUCAGUCCGCAACAAUUUGUUGAGAAGUUAUCAAAAGAGCUUAGGGUACGCGGAGUUGUUGCUGGAGAGAACUACCGAUUUGGAUAUAAAGCAGCCGGAGAUGCGUUGGAGUUAAUAAAGUUGUGUGAGGAGUAUGGCAUGGAAGCUUACAUAAUUAAAUCUGUUAUGGACAAGAAUUCUGCAAAUGUAACUUCUAGUAGUAAUCCUAAAGAGAGGGGACAGGUUUCGUCUACCCGAGUUCGUGAAGCCCUUGCCGUAGGAGACAUGGCCUAUGUCUCGGAGCUUUUAGGUAGACAGCAUCGUCUCAUAUUGAAGGCCACCGACCAAGAAAGGUUCGCGGUCGAGCAGCAUAAGGUGUCUGCUCCUAAAUCCUGCUUGUUGAAUCUAGCACCAAAGGAAGGUUUAUAUGAGAAGUGUUCACUUUUACUUGGUCAAGAAAAUGUUGUGCAGUGUAGGGUAGUUAUUGACAAGAAGUUUGUCCAUGUAGAAACAGAUUAUGAUGGAGGUCUGAGUGAUAUUUUUGGUGCUCCAAAUUCGCAGUUCUUGCCUAUUGAAUUUGGUGAUUCCAGGACUUGACAUGAUUCAGUUUAAUUCAUAAUAAUAAUUAUUAAUUAUAUCCAUUCAAAUCAA